CUCGUGGAUCAACAAUAAUAGUCCUUGUCAUAUAAAAUGCAACAUGGUAUAAUACAAUAUGUUUCGGAAUAUUUAAUUUGUUGUUGCAAUUUCGGCUUGUAUGACAAUGGUAUCUAACCUGGUGCGACGGCAAUCAUGACUACACCCUUUCGACACAACCAAACGAUUGCGGGGUGAUUUGCGUGCAAGUCGAGCCAUUGGGCAGUCCAGAUUGCGGCGCGGGGCACGGACCAUCGGGCAACGCGUUGCUGCACGCGUACAGCGCAUCAAUGCAAAAUGUCUCGGCAGCUCCGUCGAUUAGUACAACGAUGGGAUUGAGGCCAUCGUCGCAUGCGUUGAGUUGUCCGUCUUCGAACGACUUGGAUGAAGUGGUGGUGGUGGGUGGUCCCGCGACUACGGAUUUCGGUACGAGGUCUGGAGUGUACGUCAACGGCACGACCACUUGCCCGUUGAUCUUGGCUUGGCACUUCAACAGUCCUGUCACCGUUACAGUGCAGUACGACCCAAACGGCAAGCCGUCUUGUGGGGGGGGACAUGGUCCUUGGGGCAGCUCGCGACUGCAGUGGAAUGCACUGUCGACGCAGAACCUGCCUCCCUCCGCGCCUUCCACAUCCACCGACGUCUCCCCGUCGUUGCAUCCUGUUAAGUCCCCGGAUUCAAACCCCGGGGUUCUCGAUGGUGUGGUUGUGGGAGGUCCGUAGACGUUGCGUGGGGGGGGCAUUGGGUAGUUGUAUUUGUCCGGGAUGUCCCCUGGAAGGGUAUUAUCGCCUUGCCCCAAAGUUGUAGCUGCCAGCAGCACCACGACGACGACGAAGCAGCGUAGCAUGACUGUGUUGCAAAGGACUAACCUGUUGGAGAAUAAGGCACAAUAUGACGCUAGGCGG